CUUAUUUCUUCCAAGGCAUAAAGAGUUCCAUGGGUUAUUACAGAUAGGGCCAUUCCUCAUUCCCAUGAAUGAACUGGCCCAUCUGCGACUGAGGUAUAUGAACGAUAUCAGGCACUCUUGCGGUUGCACCUCUGCCCGUACGUCAUUUCCUCCAGCCUCUCUCGUUUCCAUCUUGCUCCCCGCGUGUGCUCGCUGCUAGUGUGCAGGUCAGUUAGGAGCUCUAAAAUACCUUAUUUCCUGCACUGUUUCUGCCAUUCUCCAACUGCACACGGUAAACAAUGUCCUUGGUUAUCAGACCGGUGAAAAUCGUGGAGUUUGAACACAAGUGGACUUGGUAAUAGAGUGUAGAGAGCUGGGAGGUGAGGUCCGAGUGACAGGCCCCAUACCGCUGUAGCUAAUCGAAUUUAGCAAUCUUGCUAAGCUAGCAUGUUAACUUGGUAGUUAGCAGAGGCAAAAAGCCCGAUACAUCGUUAUCUGGCUUUAACUUUUCAGUGGUCAUCGUCGACAUAACUAAAAUGUAUGUAGAUAAUUAGCUAGCAGCGGUGUAGAUGGCAAUGGCUUUGCAUUUUCUCGCCAUAUUCAAGUUCGCUAACAUCAACAGUUAUAACGGCCUAUUAGCUAGCUACCACAGUGCCGUUUAUUAGCCAGCUAACUAACGUUAGGUCUCAUAUCUAAACAGAAAUAACUACUACAGUUCAUUGAUUUAAGCCGUGGCGUCUUUGCUUCUUUUGGUUGCAGGUCUGUCUAACGACGUUGGCAAGCAAUGAAGUAUCUAGCUUUUUGAUGUUCUAUUACGUUUGCUAGCUGAUACUGCUCAGCAGGCAGUUAGGUAGCUAACGUAACAUAUCGCAGUGUUGCCUUUCAAACUUCUCAACCAUUAUCUUGAUUUGCUGUUUUUGGGAUGUUUGCUAAUUUACAGUACAUCAACUGUAGACUCACUUGUGUGGGGGUGUGCCUUCAACUUGUGUUUUAUGAUCAAAUUAAGUUAGGCUAUAUGUAACGUUACUGGUGUAGUCAGUGAUGUUUGUAGCAAAUAUUUCCAGUAAGAAAAAUACAGGCCUAACUGAGGCAGGACUUGUAAAAGUAUUAUAAAUGUAACGUUAGUUAACCAUAAAUAAAUAAUCAUAAUGAUAUAAUACCGGUAACCUAAAUACUGUCUAUUGCAGAUGAAAGAAAUAAUAAUGAACCAAGAAAAACUUGCCAAACUUCAGGCACAAGUCCGCAUCGGCGGCAAGGUAAGAAAAUAAGCCAUUUACACCAAUCAAUCAAUUUCUUCCUGUUUUCCUUAUUAGGCUCCUGAUCAUGUUUUUCACCUAGUAACACAACUAUUUAAAACAGUCAACAUGUUUAGAAAAAUAACAUGUCAUUGUGAAGCUCAUCUCACACCUGGUGUUAAAACAGCAUGCACUUAAAACUGUCAGUUCUGUUUUACAGGGCACCGCUCGCAGAAAGAAGAAGGUCGUGCACAGAACCGCAACAGCAGAUGAUAAGAAACUUCAGUUCUCCCUAAAGAAACUAGGCGUCAACAACAUCUCUGGUAUCGAAGAGGUAAGGUCUGGUCCAUGGUUAAAGACUGGCCCUUUUGCUCUCUGUAACCAUCUCUUAUAAAAUGGACGCCAGAGUACUUGAAUUGGUGUUAAAUUGGAACAUGCUGAUCUCAUUGAGAGCAGAGGGUUAUUUUCAAAUCACAACUUAGCUAGCCGCCAUCUGUGUGAGUUUGCAGAAAUAGAGAUGUCUAGUGUGACUGCAAGGAACAUGGAGUAACUAUUCUCAUUCCUCACAGGUGAACAUGUUUACGAACCAGGGGACAGUGAUCCACUUCAACAACCCCAAAGUGCAGGCCUCCCUGGCAGCCAACACCUUCACAAUCACUGGCCACGCUGAGACCAAGCAACUGACAGAGAUGCUGCCCAGCAUCCUCAACCAACUAGGAGCAGACAGCCUGACGAGCCUCCGGAGACUGGCCGAGGCUCUACCCAAACAGGGUACGUGUUCCUGGGGGAGGUAGCUGGAUGGCGAGGGGCUACUGGCCGAGGCUCUUCCCAAACAGGGUACAUGUGUCUGGGGGACAUUACAAAAUAGGCUUCACCUCAUCUGUUUGAUUUGGCCGCAGGUACUAGACUUCUCUAGUGUUAGUGUAUGAGGAGGCGGAUUGGUAAUAGAAACAGACAGAAAUGCACAGUAAUAAUUUGAAAGUUUUUGCACUUGGGAGUUGAAGUAGGGCUGGAGGUUGUUGGAUGGAUUUUGAGCACUGUUCAGGCACUGACAUUGUAAUAGAAAUGCAAUUUGUUUAGAAAUACUAUUUGUUAUUCAUCAUGAUUGGAUACAACUUCCUGAAGACCAGAGGCAUUUGUACAGUGCUCUGCAAGAAGUUCGUAACAUCUCUUAUGUCUUCCUCACAGCUGGAGAUGGAAAAGCACCAAUCGCCCCCAUAGAGGAAGAGGAUGAUGAUGUUCCAGGUGAGUCAUAUGAAGAGUAGUCUCAAAGUGCUGAGGUCAUGAUUGUUCGAGUUUCAAUCUGAGGUUUACCCCAGUGUUUUACCCAAAAGGCUCAGACUUUUCUGUUUCCAUCCAUGUGGGCCGGCACCUGUGUCUCACUGGGCCAUGGCUCUGGCAAACCUGCUCUGACUUUGGGCCAAGGUCAGGCCACUGGUACUUUUCAGCUGGCAUUUACAUAAAAAUGGCUAACUGAACUUUAACCAUUUCUCACAAAGCAACUGUCUUGAUGCAAAAGUUGUUGAUUCUGCUCACCCCAAGUCUUUAGUCACACCUGAUGGAAACACAAUUACACUAGUGACACACUGGCGUGGGGUAAGUCUUAAAGGAAAGAUCCAAAACCACAAAUUCCUUUAAUUUACAGUGUUAACACUGUGAGAACAAUAUUUUUGUGAACAGAUGUUUCAUUUUGGCUUUAUAAUAAGGUUGGUAGCAACAUGGAAAAUCGUUGUGGAAGUCUGUUGCAGCUCAGGUCGACUACAAAAUCCACAAUACAAUGCUCUCUAUGGGCUGGCUAGCUAGGUAGGUAUCUAGCUAGUUAGCUAGCAAACGUAGCUACACUCAAUAAUACCAAAGACAAUAUCAGCAUGUAAAGUAGCUAGUUAGCUGUAAAAUCGCCUAAACAAACUGCACUAUCAAUUUAGGAGUCUACAAUCUCACCAUGUUCAACCUGCAGAUCGAUGUGCCUCAGAGUGGAGUCUGACAUUCGCAACGGCAGAUAUACUUUUGAGGAGAUGGGGAAAUGUUGCCCAUGCUACGUCAAUGGGCCGAGCGGUGCGUUCUUGGCGAUUCUGGGACAAGGUGCGCUCUCCUUCAAGGAGUGAAUGGGUGUCUAUUGGGCGCUAGCUCAAAAACCCAACAUUGGCAUGAAUUUCGUCAACAAAAAGUAGAACAUUACAAAUCUUUUCCAAGAUGUGAGAAUUAACUUGCUAUCUGUAAUAUCGUGUAACUUUGGAAUCGUGUUGUUGCGUACUCUCGAGGAAAAUGGGCACGUGUCUCGACAUGUAAUCCCUUCUCAAAAUCAGUUUAUAUGACGAUUAGCUUUGCAACUGUGUGACGCAGCAUGUCAACAUGAACGCAAGUUGGCUGGGUGGGGCGUUAUACGUUCAUUCAUUGGAUUCCUAUCUCCUUUCUCUAAUAUCUCUGGCAACUGCACCAUGAUAUGCACCCUGGACUGAAGAGGCAGACAAAUAGGAAAAUUGUGCUAGACCCUCCGUUAAAUUACACAUUUCUUGAGGUAGGAAUAUUGCAAAAAUGUGAUCAAUGGCUCAUUCAAGAGAAGACAUCCUCCCGAGUUAUGACAUCGGCCAGUAUUGAAAUCUGACAUGUAUGAUAGACGUUUUCGCAAUCUAAAUGUCGUAUUCCUAUUAACUUCUAGUGUAGUGAGAGCGACUUUAUCACAGUGCUACAUCAUACCAGCCGGAUUUCUGCCUGCUUGAACGCCAAUAACUCAGAUAAACAUGAAAUGACCCAGGGAAUCGAUAGAACAUCACUCAGAUGCCCUAAAACAAUCUAACAUUCAAAAUAGGUGAACCAUUCCUUUUAAGAGCUCUCCACAGUGAUUUCAGUCUAUGUAAAUGGAGCUACGGCGCGUUCCCAAAAAUUCAGCUGCACAAAAGUACGUAGAACUACGUGGCGAGCUACGUACAGCAUAGACUGUGUGGAGCACUUUAGGUGGAAGUGCAGCAAUGGUGUGAGAGAAUCACACCAGCCUCUUGCAGUAAAUUUGAUGCUGUCCCACUCCCACCCUCUUGGCAUGGAUGGACACAUCUCCAGUUAUUGGUUAUUCUUCCUCUCUGCUUAUUUGUACUUGACCAUAGGGAUUGUGUAGGUAUCUUCAAUAAUGGACCUUGUUCUUAGCCUCUUGUAAGUUUGCUCAGUGUUGCGCUCCUAUGUCUCAACAUCACCCACAUGUCUAGUUAGUAUUCAUGUUAUACUUUCCCUGAAGUCUUACUCCAGAAUAAGUUACAUCUGGGCUUUUACUUUCCCUCUGAUAAUAAAACCUUGGCAGGUUUGCUUACUUUUGGGAAGUGAAGGGGGUCAUGCUCAGGGGAUCAAACAAUGACUAGAGUAAAUGGUGAUGGGUGGGAGUCAGGUUGGUGGCUUUAGUGUUAGAAACAUUGUUCGUUGUUUAUGAGUUCUGAAAGCAGUUUGCUUUUCUUUGUGGAGAAAAUGGGUCCAAACACAUGAGGUUGCCAUUACAAUUACCCACAGCGUUUCCCAGGGCUAUCCUUUUCCCGUAACCCAACGUUUUCUCAAACGUAACAAACGGUUGAAGCCCGAUGACACGGGGUUAAUGGUCUAUGCCAUCAUGUUAUUACUGGAGUUUAGUUUCCCUUUGUGUUCCCCCCACAAAAAAAUAUAUUCAGACCUUUGGAAUUGUUUCCAUUUGAACCCUCAACCCCUCUGGGACAAAUAUGGACCCGACAGAUUUCAUUGAACAAAUGGGACCCUCCUUGUGAUCCUCAGUGCCAUGAUUUUUACAUCUGUUUUCUUGAGUUCUGAGUGUAAAGGGAGAGCUUGUACCUGGGAUCACAUUUCAGAUAAACUGUCAUUUUUUUCUUAAGUGGUCUGAGAUCAGUAGAAAGAGGCAUGCAUGUUUGGAUUUAGGCCUGUUUCUUAACCUGACUGACAUGUCCCUUACCCACCGUUGGCUCUUGUGUUGUUUUUAGAUCUGGUGGAGAAUUUCGAUGAGGCUUCCAAGGAUGAGGCAAACUAAAGAAAUCAACAGACCUUCAGGAGUCUCAACAGGACUUGACUUGUUUGGAUGGGGGCACUAGGCGUUCUUUUAAUUUUUUUAGUUCUAGUUCUUGCCACCGAUUCUCCAAAUGCUAUUUUGUGCACUGUGGUGUCCGUGUCCAGUUUGAGUCAGUGAGAGAUUGUACGAAGUGUCUGAGGUUCGUGCUCUUCAUAUUCUCUUCAGCUGUUUCUACUAUGUUACUAAACCUGAUUUCUUUGCAGUCUGGCUGAAACAAUCAUACCUGGAAUAAACAUUUGCUAUUGUCAAUUA